CAUGGCGGAGAGCUUGCGGCUGUUCGACUCCAUCUGCAACAACAACUGGUUCACCAACACCUCGCUCAUCCUCUUCCUCAACAAGAAGGACCUGCUGGCGGAGAAGAUCAAGCGCAUCCCGCUGACGGUGUGCUUCGCCGACUACAAGGGCCAGAACACCUACGAGGAGGCGGCCGUCUACGUGCAGCGGCAGUUCGAGGACCUCAACCGCAACAAGGAGACCAAGGAGAUCUACUCCCACUUCACCUGCGCCACCGACACCAGCAACAUCCAGUUCGUGUUCGACGCCGUCACGGACGUCAUCAUCCAGAACAAUCUCAAGUACAUCGGGCUGUGCUAGGAGGAUCUCACCCCCACCCCCAGCUGCACGGGUGGCGGAUGGAGGAGGGGUUGGGGGGGUUAGCCGGUCUGCUGCGGGGGUGCUGGUGGAGGAGGGACGGCCGUGAGGGAGGAGGAGGAGCAGGAGAUUCCAAACAGUGUCACGGGAGAAAGAACUAAAGGAGUCGAUGGUCACGAGUCACGAUGGGAUUUUUAACCAAUGUGUUUGCACUGAAUAUUAAGAGUAUGUAGAGACACCCAAACACAAACUUGUUUUUAUUUCGUUUUUUUACCCCCACAUGUGCACGCACGCACGCACGCACGCACGCAGACACACACACACACACACUCUGACAACCAGUAUACUCACAUGAAGACACUAAUAAUCUCUCAAAGACACAUACACACACGCCCAGUAGUGCACAAACAGACAGGCACACAAACACACACACACACACACACACGAAUGCUCAGACAAACACACAUACAAACCCACACACACUAAUGCUUAGAAACACACACACACACACACACACACACACACACACACACACACACACACACACACACACACACACACACACACACACACACACACACACACACACACACACACACACACACACACACACACACACACAUAAUUGCUCACACAAAGAAGGACUUUGAAUCAACAGUCAAGCACAUGUUUGACAUGGAAGCACUGGAGUGAAGUUAUAACUGUUAUAACUUUAGUUAUAACAAUAUAUAAUCCCGCCUGCCAGACUUCAGACUCUAAUACCAUUGUAUUGGCAGGUUUGACUUUCUUUCUUUCUUUCUCCUUGGUUAUUUUGCCUGAGUCCACUGAUGCUGCUUUAUCAGAAGGAUGUUGACGACAUCAAAUCGCUCCUAGGAGUAUUCACCCUGACAAAGGCAAGCACUCUAUGGCCACACGGAAAAGCCCAUUUUUCGUAUAAAACAUGAUGUCACAGGGGUUUUUGCCUAAAAGAUAAAAAAAAUAAACUGCCACACAGUGAAGUUACAUUUUAAUGUUUUUUUUACACAUUAUUCCCCUCUUAUUGCCUGCCCCCCCCCAUCCCCUGUAACCCCCUCUCUAUCGGUUUAUUUUCAUCGUGUGUAUGACUUUGUCUGUUGAACCUGCCAUUGGAUGAGGUGCCGCUAAGCUCUGAGCUCUGAGGGUCAGAGCUCAGCAGUCCAUACUCUCCUCAUAUUCCUAAUGAGGACAAAAACGUGCCAAUAUCAGUGUAUAUAAGAGCAGAUCCCAUCCCAUUAUGUUACCCCUUUUUUUUAUUGACAAAUACAUUUAAAACAAAAAAACAUGCAUGUUUUGUUUUGUUAUUUUGGGAUAUUAAUAUAUUUGAUUUGGGAUUUGUUUUCACUUUUAUUUGAUUUGAGUAAUAUAUUCCCAAAUAUAUAUAUAUACAUAUAUAUAUAUAAGUCAAACACUGUGUAUGAAUGUACAGCUGUUGUCAGAGAGGAUUUAUUCAACAGAGUUAUAUUGAGAAAACAAAGGGGACGAUGUGGAGAAUGAUGAUGUCAAUAACGACAAGGUGAAAAUAGGUGAUGGUACGAUGAUGAUGAUGAUGAAGAUGAUGAUGACGGUGAUUAUCACAAUGAUAAUAACAACAGUGAUAAACUCAACAACCAUCCCAGCAUGAAAAUUUAACGCCGGUAAAAAAAAAAAAAAGGAAGGGGGAACUAAUGUGAAAGUUUAAGGUUGCAAAAGAGUAAAAUAAGUUACACAUACAUUCAGUUAGAUUCUCCUUAAGUUCACUAAAUGGAAAUUGUUAUACAGUCAGUCGUUAUGAUGUGUAAAUAUACUGUGAGGUACACUCUUUGUUAAAAUAAAUGGUAAAUAAACAAAUAUAUGAAUAAAGGUUGAGUUGGAAUGCCGCCAAGAGCGUGUGGGAGUGUGAGAGAGAGAGAGAAAGAGAGAGAGAGAGAGAGAGAGAGAGAGAGAGAGAGAGAGAGAGAGAG